AUGACUGAAUCCUCGGACGAGCCCUUCCCCCAGAACCAGGAGGGUGCGAAGAGGUUCAAGGGUGGACAGAAGAGGAAGCAACCAAGUUCAACCGCCUUCUCCGCAGCUUCCACCGUCGUCGCCGUACCCCCUUUUGCUGGUUCUCAACAGCCGCACAUAUCCCUCCUCAACACCAACAACCAGAUCAACAACAACAGUAGUACCAACGCGGGAGUCAAUGGCAGGAAUACGGUUGGACCUGUCUACAAACAGCCCAUCUCGAUCCAACAUCAGCAACUGCCAGCUCAGCUCCUCCACCUCGAUCAAUCGAUGCUUGGUGGCAACAAUGGAGUUGCCAGUAAUACCUUUGGAGGACAGCAACCGUAUCAACAACCGCUAUAUCCACAGCAGCAGCAGCAGCAACAACAACAACAGCCACAGGAUGCUCGAUAUCACCCUGACCUUGUGGGAGCACCCACUACGGUCAAUGGGGCAUAUUCCUCCGAGUCCUCCACAAGUCCACAGAAUGCCGUCCACAAUUAUGGUGCCAACGGCAUGGCAGCUCCUGUUGCUGCUGGUUCUGCUUCAAUAGUAGCUUCGAAAGUGACGACUCAGGAGGAAAUGGAAGCCCUAUCAGCAUUGCUGUCUGAGACGACACUCAGUGGAUCGGCUAGCUUUGGCACGGAUGGAGGAGCACCAGUGGAGCGGGACCUAGACGAGGAAGAUCUCUGGGGUCAGAUCCGUUCGACCAACAACGCGGACGACGAGGUUGUGCCCCUGGACAUGCAGAUUCUUCCCGACCCUGCCACCCGAAAACAUCUUGUUGAGCUGUAUUACAAGAACCAUUAUUUGCUGUUACCAAUGGUGCAGCGCGACGUCCUCCGGGUGUGCGAGGAAAACAUCCACAUCCCCCACUGUCUGCUGCUCUGCAACGCCGUCUACUACUGUGGCUCUAUGUUCUCGACCAACACUAUCCCUCUGAGAAAGGACUCUGAGGACGAAGGCACUGUUGGCGAAGACUUUUUUUUGCGCGGACAAGCCCUUCUUGAGAAAAAGUACCUGACAACACAUCUCUGCACUGUUCAGGCAUUGCUGCUCUUUGCGAUUGGACACAAGUCACCCGCCCAGCGUUCAGGAUUCAUCAGCCAGGCCAUCACCAUGGCCCUCGACAUGAGUCUUCACACCAAACUGGACGACACUGUGAAUCGCUUCGUACGAGCAUACAGAUCACGCGUUUUCUGGUGUGCUUUCAUCUUUGACUCGACCUCAUCCGCCAUUGGAGGGAAACCCACUUUGAUCAACGACGAGGAAAUCACAGUCGACAUAUUUGAGGCCGGUGACCUGGGACCUGAAGGAGAGACCUUUUCGGACCAGUACAUGAUUCACUGUGUGCACGGUUGGAAGAUUUGCCGCGGGAUCCGCAAGAACUCAAAGCUGGUCACUCGUCGCCCACCACCCUCACAGGAGGUUCUCCUGGACAACUUGGAUCGUCUGGACAAGGCUUUGGUUGAGUGGCAAGAACAUUUACCUGUCGCAUUUGAUUUCCUUCCUAGCAAGGGAUCGAUAACAUCCGACAUUAAGACCCUGGCUGCUGGCGCUCAGUUGCUUUGCUACGCUCUCAUCAUCUUGCUCCACCACCCUUACUUGCCCAACCCCAAGAGUCCAGAAGCCUUCCAGCCCCCACAAGAAGGUGGUCCUCCAGAUUCCCAAGGAUACUGCACGCAAGCUGCCAAGGAGAUCACGAGGAUUGCUGGCAUUUUGUUGACCGAGGCACCCAGGACGUUUGAGCAAAACACACCUGCACGGUAUGCCCUUAACUUUGCGAUCCGAAUCCAUCUCCGCAACUCCAAAUGCACUGUCGACACCACCCUUGCCAAGGAGUCAAGACGGGACCUUCAAAAGUCGAUGGACUAUGUGGAGCAAGUCGAAAACCUGCAGUUCUUCAGGAUCCACCGCUCCAAGAGGUCCGAGGUGGCCGACCUUUUAGCCUCUUGCCGAGCUGCCUUGGCUCAGCAACGGACGAGUUUGGAUUUGGCCAAGGAAGCGGCGGGGGCAAAGCAUCGACAGUUGUUGCAGGCAAAGCUGCUUGCUAAGGAACAAUUACGUCAGCAACAGCUCCAACAACAGCAACAGUUACAGCAACAGCAGCAAUUACAGCAGCACCAACAAUUCCAACAGCAGCCUCACAUGCAGCAGCAAGCACCAACACAACAGAUUCAGCAGAUGCAUCAGCAGCAACAGCAACAUAUGCUCUUGCAACAACAACAACAACAACAACAACAACAACAACAACAACAACAACAACAACAUCAACAACAACAACAGCAGCAACGCAUGCAGCAGCAGAUGAACCAAUCUUCACAAAUGAAGCAGGCUUAUCUUCAGCAACAGCAGCAGCAUCUCCUUCGUCAACAACAGCACCAGCAAAUUCUUCAGCAGCAACAGCAACAACAGCAGCAACAGCAACAACAACGUCAACAGCGUCAACAACAGCAACAGCAACAGCAACAACAGCAGCAUCAGAGCCCUCAAAUGCAACAAGCCCAGCAACAACAGCAACAGGGAAUUCCUUUCCAAACCUCUGUCCUGUUCCAUGGUCAGCAGCCAUCAUAUUUGCAGGGUUCAGCACUGAUGGGUCCGUCCUUCGACUCUUUCGGUCAACAGAUGUCUUCCUCGAGCGAUCCACAACAACAGCAGCAACAGCAGGCCGUGCUAUCUUCAGCCUGGAUGCCCAACGGCCAACAGACACCGACUUUGGGCAGCAAUUCUCAAGACCUGCUGAUGAACCCUGGCUUCUUCCACCUUCCAGGAGAGGAUCUGAUUGACAUUCAGUCGAUGACGUUUGAUCCACGCCAGGAGGCACUCUUCUCGAAUGCGGCUUCCAGUGGUUAUGCUUCUCAGCGCAGCAAUGGAUCGUCAACAGUGACGGCGCCGUCUGGGUUGCUUGAUGAUGUGUUCUUGACAUCGACUCCUCGUGGCCAACACUCUAUGCCAUCGCCUGCAUCGUCUUUGGCUACGGCUGUUUCACCGCCACAGAAUCACCGAUCUGUCAACAACACCUCGUCUACAUUCUCACCGCGGUCCAUCGCAGCCUCGUCAGUCUCACCGAUGAUGCAGGCCAUGAAGUCGCACAACAACUUGGCACAAGGAUCGCCUCUUCUGUCACAGCAGCAACAUCAACAACAGCAACAUCAGUACGGCUACCAACAUACCAACGGCGUCUCUGGAGUGACUCCAGAACCCUCGGGAGCACCCUCAUCGCCAUCGACGAUCGGCUCCCCCGGUAGCCAGGUCAUGACGGAGGAGGCGGUGUUGCAGUCGUUCACAGGCCAAAUGAUCCACGACACCUUUUAUAUGCACGUCAACUUGCCAGCGGAGCAUCCACGGAACGACCCCACAUCGUUUGUGUAUCUGCCAAGUGAGCUCGAGUACGGAGACACCACAGCCUUGUCGCCCGCUGCCUCUGGAAGCGCUACGUCGUCAGAUAUUGAUGGACUUUCUCCCCGACCUUUCUAA